UCAGUGAGCAGUUGUUAUGGCCGCCGCCUGAGCCGAUUAGCUUCUUCAGUAAGUGGAAGUCUAAAUAAGAUUUUUGUAAAGAAGUAAACAUGGCAGCGAAGAAUAAUGCGGAAGAAACGGUGAAAAACGGCCAAGGGUCCGAUGACAAUGACAACAUGACAACGACUGAAUACUGCAAGCGGCUGCAGCAGUGGAUGUGGCGCUAUUACAGUGGCUAUGUGAGCUGGCAGAGCUGGGUGUUCAUGUCCGCGCCGCUCUUUCCUCCGCCUCAGUUCGGUUGCCAGGCACCCGGCGGCAGCUUCGCGACGCCCGCUGACAUCGCCGCAUGGUAUAACCAGAUGAGCAGCCCACCAUCCAGCCGUCCAGCGGCCACUGCCACAUCCAGCACUGCUGAGAGAGGGCCAGCACAGCCUGCAGGUAGAGAGUACACCAUCCCUUCCCCUCUCCGUAGAUUUCUGGCUGAAACUGUGGAUUUCUUCAUUCUCUUCUGUGUUAAGGCAACCAUAGUGUUGUGGAUCAUGCAUCUCAGUGGAAUGAAAGAUAUCUCCAAAUUCAUGAUGCAGUUUAUCGUGGAGGAGAUUGAUGAGAACACAUCACUGGAGGACCUGCAGAAGAUGAUGGUUGUGGCUUUAGCGUACAGAGUGCUAGUGUGUGUCUAUGAAAUCAUCUGUAUUUGGGGAGCUGGAGGUGCCACUCCAGGAAAGUUCCUCCUGGGGCUUCGAGUCGUCACAUGUGAUUCAACAGUCCUAGUGCAGCCGAAUCGGGUUUUGGUGGUACCAGCAACAAGUGUCAGCUUAUCUGCAUCCACAGUACGGGCUUUAAACAAAAACUUCUCCAUCGCCUUUCUGUUCCCUAUCUUUAUCACGUUACUGUUUUUCCAGCACAACAGAACUGUUUAUGACGUUGUGGCUGGAACCAUCGUGGUUCGGAGGAGAAGAGCCAGAUGACCAGCCUGAUCAUGUCAAAACAGCAUCAAGUGCUUUCAAAUGUUCUCAGUACUUUAUUUGAAUAAUAUCCCUAUAGUAUUUCCUGCAGAUUUGCACUAAUGAUCCAUGUAUUAAAGUCUGUUCACAUAGCUAUUGUUUACAGCACUGAGAAAUAUCUGCUUUCUUACAAAAGUCACUGAUCCCUCAACAAGACAGUAUUUCAUGUUGAAUGAUGAGAGAUAUCAAACUCCAGACACGUGUUUUAUGUAGACGUGGAAUGUUUCACUCUAAACACCAGCUUAAUCCACAAGGUUUUCAUAACUUUUCCCCAGAAGCUUUACGGCCCAGACGAGUCUGUUAUUAAUCUUACUAAAGGCAGGGAAGUGAGCUCGGCACUCAUCGCAUAUCCUUCCACACAUGCACGCAGACGUCUGGAAUGUUCCAUUCCUGUUGUCAAUUCAGUCAGUGGCUGAUAUGCCUUACUACAUUUCUUGGGGUUUCUUGAAAACCUGUUUUAUGUGGCGUAUGAUUCAGUUCUGAUCUUUGAAAUGUGAAAGGGUUAAGUAUUGUGUACUUUACAGUACUUAGCAUGCCAAACACAUCAGCUGUUUUUAUUUAUCAUUGUGCAUGUUCAAAAAACUAUAUUUAAAUUCUUUAAGACAAGAUUUGAUACUGAACAGCAGUGUAUUCACCAUUUUACUUAUGUAUUUCAUGCACAAAUAUUAAAUCAAACUGGCAUGUGGCUAAAUUAAAUCAACUUCUCUGGGAUACAUUAUCUUUCUCAUGUCAUAACAAGUGAUUAGAGAAAAAUUUUGUACAUUUUUCAAAAACACAGAUGUCACAGACUACCUUUACUACCUUUCUGGGCCUUGAACGUGGUAGUUGCAUUGCUGUCUAUGCAGGGUCAGAAAGCUCUUGGAUUUCAUCAAAAAUAUCUUAAUUUGUGUUCUGACGAUGAAUGUCUUACGGAUUUGGAUUGAUAUGAGGGUGAGUAAUUAAUGACUGAAUUUCAUUUUUGGGUGAACUAUCUCUUUAAGCAUGAACCUAUGCAUAAUGAAAACAAAAAGUACUUCUUGAUAACCACUAGGUGGUGAUAUGUGUUCAUAAAUGCAAGCUGUAGCCCUAAUCUGACAAUGACAGUGGAGAGUUCUUCGAAAUGCAAAGCAAAUGUCCUUUGGCAUGGUUCAGUUACAGAGUCACAUUCCACAGAUAGUGACAGUCCACACGUUCUCACAAACAAAAAAUGUUUCCAAUCUGAUCUCAUGCCAAUCAGGCAGCAAAAUUGCAGUGUUCUGGUAAGAAUGACUCACCAUUGAUUUAGAUCUUUGAAAUAAAAACUACAUCUG